CCCCGCUCGGGGGGCCUGGGAGGGGCUCCGCCCUGGCGGAGGGGGUUUCUGUGACCGCGCGGGAGCCGCUGUCCAGCCUGAGGCUGUGGGUGCGGAGCUCGGCGCUCGCCCGUCGCUCCCGUCCUUCCGCUUCACCUUCAUGGCAGCGCCGGCGGACACUUGUGGGCGGUUGCGCCCCCCAGUGAUGGGCAGCGGUGCUGUGCGGCAGUGUGAAGCCCUCCGAGUAUGAUUCGAAUUGCAGCCUUAAAUGCCAGCUCCACGAUUGAGGAUGAGCACGAAGGAAGCUUUAAAAGUCACAAAACCCAGACGAAGGAGGCGCAGGAAGCAGAGGCUUUUGCUUUAUACCACAAGGCCCUGGAUCUGCAGAAACAUGACCGGUUUGAGGAGUCUGCCAAGGCCUACCAUGAGCUCCUGGAGGCGCGCCUGUUGCGAGAGGCAGUUUCGUCUGGUGAUGAGAAAGAGGGCCUGAAGCACCCGGGGCUGAUGCUUAAGUAUUCCACGUACAAGAACCUGGCCCAGCUGGCAGCGCAGCGAGAGGACCUGGAGACGGCCAUGGAAUUCUACUUGGAGGCGGUCAUGCUGGACUCCACCGACGUCAAUCUCUGGUAUAAGAUUGGACACGUGGCUCUGAGGCUCAUCCGGGUGCCCUUGGCUCGCCAUGCUUUCGAGGAAGGGCUGCGGUGCAAUCCUGACCACUGGCCCUGCUUGGACAACCUCAUCACCGUCCUGUACACCCUCAGUGAUUACACAACGUGCCUGUACUUCAUCUGCAAAGCUCUGGAGAAGGACUGCCGGUACAGCAAAGGGCUGGUUCUCAAGGAGAAGAUCUUCGAGGAGCAGCCAUGUCUCCGCAAAGAUUCCCUCCGCAUGUUCCUUAAAUGCGACAUGUCAAUCCACGACGUAUCGGUGAGCGCGGCCGAGACGCAGGCCAUCGUGGACGAGGCCCUGGGGCUGCGGAGGCGGAGGCAGGCGCUGACCGUGCGGGAGAAGGAGCCCGAUCUGAAGCUGGUGCAGCCCAUCCCCUUCUUCACCUGGAAGUGCCUUGGGGAGAGUUUGCUGGCCACGUACAACCACCUCACCACCUGCGAUCCCCCACGGCCCAGCCUCGGCAGGAGGAUCGACCUUUCCGACUACCAGGACCCCAGCCAGCCGCCAGUGUCAUCCUCCAUGGUGGUGGCACCUGUCAGCGUGAUCCAACCGAGCCCUGUCAGCACCAACCCGGCUGUGACCCUUGCAGAGCCCAUGCUCCCUUAUGGUCCCGUGGCCACAGCCAGCUUCCCGCUGCAUAGCCCCAGCCUGCUGGAGACAGGCAUUCCCACGGGUGAUGUUUCUGGGGGAGACAAAUCCAAGAAAGGGGUAAAGCGGAAGAAGAUUUCAGAGGAGAGCGGGGAGACAGCAAAGCGGCGGUCUGCCCGCGUCCGAAACACUAAGUGCAAAAAAGAAGAGAGGGUGGACUUCCAGGAGCUCCUGGUGAAGUUCUUGCCGUCCAGGUUAAGAAAGCUGGACCCCGAGGAGGAAGAUGAUCCCUUUAAUAACUAUGAAGUCCAGUCAGAAGCCAAACUGGAGAGCUUCCCGAGUGCUGGGCCUCACAGGCUGUCCUUUGACUUGGCCACGUUCAUGGAAGCUGAGAAGCAGGACGUGCAGGCCUUCCUGCUGGGGAACCUGACCAACGGGGGCGCCCUGGAGCUGAUGAUGCGCUACCUGAAGAGCAUGGGCUCUCGUUUUUUGCUGCGGUGGCCGCCAGGCCUGGCGGAGGUGGUGCUCAGCACUUACCACAGCUGGAGGAGGCACAGCACCAGCCUGCCCAACCCUCUGCUCCGGGACUGCAGCAACCAGCACAUCAAGGACAUGAUGCUGAUGGCUCUCUCCUGCAUGGAGCUGCAGCUGGACCAGUGGCUGCUGACCAAGGGUAGAAGCUCUGCAGUGUCUCCUCGGAACUGCCCCGCGGGUGCGGUGAGUGGCAGGUUCGGGCCUGACUUUCCAGGAGCCCACUUCUUGGGGGACCUCCUGCAGCUGUCGUUUGCCUCGUCCCAGCGGGACCUGUUUGAGGAUGGCUGGCUGGAGUUCGUGGUCCGCGUGUAUUGGUUGAAGGCUCGGUUCCUGGCACUGCAGGGAGACAUGGAGCAGGCCCUGGAAAACUAUGACGUCUGCACGGAGAUGCUGCAGAGCUCCGUGGCUGUUCGUGCUGAGGUGGGCGCUGAGCCCAGAGACAUCGUCAUCCGCCUGCCCAACCUCCACAACGACUCGGUCGUGUCCCUGGAGGAGAUUGACAAGAACCUGAGGUCACUGGAGCGGUGCCAGUCCCUGGAGGAGACCCAGCGGCUGUACGAGGCUGGCGACCACAAGGCGGUCGUGCGCCUGCUCCGCCCCACCCUGUGCACCAGCGGGCUUGACCGGGCCAAGCACCUAGAGUUCAUGACGUCUGUUCCCGAGAGGCCGGCCCAGCUGCUGCUGCUGCAGGACUCCCUGCUCCGGCUGGAGGACCACCAGCAGUGCUUCGAGUGCUCCGAAGUGGCUCUGAAUGAGGCGGUCCAGCAGAUGGUCAAUGCCACUGAAGCGGCCGCCAAAGAGGAGUGGGUGGCCACAGUAACCCAGCUGCUGGGGGGAAUCGAGCAGGCGCUCUCGGCAGACAGCAGUGGCGGCAUCCUAGAGGAGGCAUCCUCCACUGCCGUCCUCACCCGGCUCACCAACAACCUCAUCCAGGUCAUCGACUGCAGCAUGGCCGUGCAGGAGGAGCCCAAGGAGCCCCAUGUCUCCUCCGUGCUGCCCUGGAUCAUCCUGCACCGGGUCAUCCGGCAGGAGGAGGAUACUUUCCGCUCCCUGUGCCACCAGCAGCAGCUCCAGAACCCAGCUGACGAAGUGAUGGCCGAGGCUCCCGUGCUCCCCUCCUCCCUCAUGCUGCUCAACACAGCCCACGAGUACUUGGGCCGGAGGUCCUGGUGCUGCAAUUCUGAUGGGGCUCUGUUGCGCUUCUACGUGCGCGUUCUCCAGAAGGAGCUUGCCGCAUCCACCUCUGAAGACACUCACCCGUACAAGGAGGAGCUGGAGACGGCCUUGGAGCAGUGCUUCUACUGCCUGUACAGCUACCCCAGCAAGAAGAGCAAGGCCAGGUACCUGGAGGAGCAUUCGGCCCAGCAGAUGGACCUGAUAUGGGAGGAUGCCCUGUUCAUGUUUGAGUACUUUAAGCCCAAGACUCUUCCUGAAUUUGACAGCUACAAGACCAGCACCGUGUCUGCUGACUUGGCCAACCUCCUCAAGAGAAUCGCCACCAUCGUGCCCCGCACGGAGAGGCCAGCCCUGAGCCUGGACAGAGUCUCUGCCUACAUUGAAGGCACCUCCACUGAGGUGCCCUGCCUCCCAGAAGGGGCUGACCCCUCCCCUCCGGUGGUAAACGAGCUCUACUACCUCCUGGCUGAUUACCAUUUCAAGAACAAGGAGCAGUCCAAGGCCAUCAAGUUCUACAUGCAUGACAUCUGCGUCUGCCCCGAUAGGUUCGAUUCCUGGGCAGGCAUGGCCCUGGCCCGGGCCAGCCGCAUUCAGGACAAGCUGAACUCCAAUGAGCUGAAGAGCGACGGGCCCAUCUGGAGGCAUGCCACACCUGUCCUCAGCUGCUUCCGGCGGGCGCUAGAGAUCGAUAGCUCCAACUUGUCCCUGUGGAUUGAGUUCGGCACCAUGUCCUACGCCCUGCACUCCUUUGCCUCACGCCAGCUGAAGCAGUGGAGGCCUGAGCUGCCCCCCGAGCUCGUGCAGCAGAUGGAGGACCGGCGGGACAGCAUGCUGGAGACCGCCAGGCACUGCUUCACAUCGGCGGCCCGCUGCGAGGGUGACGGGGACGAGGAAGAGUGGCUCAUCCACUACAUGCUGGGCAAGGUGGCCGAGAAGCAGCAGCAGCCGCCCACUGUCUACCUGCUGCACUACCGCCAGGCUGGCCACUACCUGCAUGAGGAGGCGGCCCGCUACCCCAAGAAGAUCCACUACCACAACCCCCCUGAGCUGGCCAUGGAGGCCCUGGAGGUGUACUUCCGGCUCCACGCUUCCAUCCUGAAGCUCCUGGGGAGGCCUGACUCCGGGGUCGACGCAGAGGUGCUGGUCAGCUUUAUGAAGGAGGCUGCGGAAGGGCCCUUUGCCAGGGGCGAGGAGAAGAGCGCGCCCAAAGCCUCAGAGAAGGAGAAGGCCUGCCUGGUGGACGAGGACUCCCACUCUUCAGCUGGGACACUGCCGGGCCCCGGAGCCUCCCUCCCCUCCUCCUCUGGCCCAGGUCUGACAUCCCCACCUUACACAGCCACUCCGAUUGACCACGAUUACGUCAAAUGUAAAAAACCCCACCAGCAGGCGACGCCGGACGAGCGCAGCCAGGACAGCACGGCCGUGGCGCUCUCAGACUCCAGCUCGACACAGGACUUCUUCAGCGAGCCCACCAGCUCCCUGGAGGGUUCCCGGAAGCCCUGCGCAGAAAGGAGGUUGCCCGUUCCCGGUUCCCAAGCAGGAUUGCUCGCUCUAGGGAAAGCUGAGGAGUCCUUGGAGAGCACGGAGGGCUUCCAGGCCACAGAGCAGGGCAGCCAGAAGCCCACUGCAGACCCUCCAGCCUCCGCUGGGGUCCCCGCCAAGCCCCCAGCGUCUGCACCCUCCCCGUGGGAUGGGAGGAAGAGAGCAGAGCCCCUGGGGGAGCCGACCCCCUUCCCCCAGGGGCUGCCGGCAGGUGCCGAGGAGCAGCGCCAGUUCCUGACAGAGCAGUGCAUCUCCUCCUUCCGCCUGUGCCUCAGCCGCUUCCCCCAGCACUACAAGAGCCUCUACCGGCUGGCCUUCCUCUACACCCACAGCAAGACCCACCGGAACCUCCAGUGGGCCCGCGACGUGUUGCUAGGCAGCAGUAUCCCGUGGCAACAGCUGCAGCACAUGCCGGCACAGGGGCUCUUCUGCGAGAGGAACAAGACCAAUUUCUUCAACGGCAUCUGGCGGAUCCCCGUGGACGAGAUCGACCGGCCGGGCAGCUUUGCCUGGCACAUGAACCGCUCCAUCGUGCUGUUGCUCAAGGUGCUGGCCCAGCUGCGGGACCACAGCACCCUGCUGAAGGUGUCGUCCAUGCUGCAGCGGACCCCAGACCAGGGCAAGAAGUAUCUGCGAGAUGCUGACCGCCAGGUCCUGGCGCAGCGGGCCUUCAUCCUCACUGUGAAGGUGCUGGAGGACACACUGAGUGAGCUUGCAGAGGGGUCAGAACGCCCAGGGCCCAAGGCCUGUGGCCUCCCUGGGACCAAGAUGACCACCGACGUCCCCCACAAGGCCAGCCCUGAGGAUGGCCAGGAUGGCCUCCCCCACCCCAAGAAGCCCCCUCUGGCUGAUGGCUCAGGGCCUGGGGCCGAGUCAGGGGGCAAAGAGGGUCCCCUCAACCACCGGCCUGCAACUGUGGAUGUAGGAGACGGUGCCGACCAGGGCGGGGAGCGGAGGGACAAGGAGAGUCCUCGGGCAGGGCCCGCCGAGCCCAUGGACACGGGGGAGGCCGCCACCCACUGCCUGGAUUUGGAGCAGGCGCCACCCCUGCAGCCAGGCCGCACCCCGAGGGAUCGGGGCCCCGAGAGCCGGCCCACUGAGCUGUCCCUGGAGGAGCUGAGCAUCAGCGCCCGCCAGCAGCCUGGCCCGCCCACCCUGGCCCCUCCAGCCACUGCCGCCUCCCCCACCACUGCCCCUGGACCCAGGGCGAGCAGCCAGCCUGAGGAGGCAGCCCCCCGGCCCAGCCGCAAGAGGAAGCUCCUGGAGGACACAGAGUCCGGCAAGAUGCUCCUGCUGGACGCCUACCGCGUGUGGCAGCAGGGCCAGAAGGGUGUGGCCUAUGACCUGGGCCGCAUCGAGAGGAUCAUGGCCGAGACCUACAUGCUCAUCAGGCAGGUGGAUGAGGAGGCUGCGCUGGAGCAGGCCGUGAAGUUUUGUCAGGUCCACCUCGGGGCCGCCGCCCAGAGACAGGCUGCAGGGGACACACCCACCACCCCAAAGCACCCCAAGGACAGCCGAGAAAACUUCUUCCCUGCAGCCGUGACCCCCACAGCCUCUGACCUUGCGCCAGCCGACACUCUCCAGCGGCCCAGUGACACCCACACCAAGCCUCAUCCUGCGCCGGCUCCUGCCUCGGCUGUCAUCACUGGUCCUCCCUCGACAUCAGCCUCCACCACAGACCCGUCCAAGGACCCAGGGCCCCUACGGCCACACAGGCCUGAGGCCACCCCCAGCACGGCCUCUCCGGGCCCAGGAGGAGAAGAGCUGGCAGGAGGGGCAGAGGGCACAGGCCUCCCACCCCAGGAGCCACGGUGCAGCGAGCAGGGGAAGACGGCCCCUGAGGCACCCCCGGCAGAGCCGCACUGCUGGCCAGCAGAGGCCACCCCCCAGACAGGCGCUGAGCCCACCUGCAGCCAAGGCGCCAGCUCCAAAGUGCCCAGCGGUGGGAGUGCCCAGCCACCCGAGGGCCACCCGGUCAAGGCGGAGCCCGGCCGGGCCAAGUCACGCCUCCUGCCCAACAUGCCAAAGCUGGUCAUCCCCUCGGCCUCCACCAAGUUCCCCCCUGAGAUCACCGUCACGCCACCCACCCCGACGCUGCUCUCACCCAAAGGCAGCAUCUCGGAGGAGACCAAGCAGAAGCUGAAGUCAGCCAUCCUGUCUGCCCAGUCGGCUGCCAAUGUGAGGAAGGAGAGCCUGUGCCAGCCGGCGCUGGAGGUCCUGGAGACAUCGAGCCAGGAGUCCUCGCUGGAGAGCGAGACGGAUGAGGACGACGACUACAUGGACAUCUGAGGGGCCACUCCCCAUGCAACUCACCCAGCUCCCACCUGCCAGGGGACCCUCUGCCCAUACGGCAGGGCGUCCCCACCACAGGGCCACAGGCCAUGCAAAGGUGGCGGGUCCUGUGAGCUCAGCAGGCCCCCAUCCUUUUUUAUGAAGUGUUGACUUUGUAAACGUGCCCGCCCCCAGCCCAGGUGGCCGUGUCCAGGCUCGGUGGGACGGGCUCUGCCUGGGUCCGUCCAGAGGUGGCCCUGUGGCAGAGAGUCCUUUUUUUGGUUGCUUUUCUAAUAAAGAUGGAACACUU